AUGCCUCAGUAUGUGCCAUGGUAUUUAACUAAAAAAUGUCCAGUAUUUUGUGAUCCUUGUGUACCGGCAUACACCGGAAUAUAUCCGGCAAGAAAAUGUGUAUUGGUUACCGGUGUGCUGUUAUUUGGUGCUGGAAUAAUGAUUCUUUUAGCCCUUCUUUUAACCUGUAUUGCUGUAGCAUGUUCAGUUCUAGCUGGAGCGUUACUUCCUUUAGCAUUGUUCCUGAUCAUAAUCGGCUUAUUACUGUUUCACUGUGGUUGGGCAGCUCAUCUUCUAGACGAUGACCGAGCAGUUGAAAUACCAGCAAUACCGGUAGAAGCUCCAAAAGAUGCUGAACUGGAAAUCUUUCAAACAGCGUAUCGUGAACCUAUGCCAGAAAUAAGACAAGGUUAUUGGCAGUUUGAAGAGAAAGAAGCCUGGCAAACUGUGGCUAAUCCAUAUCCAAUACAGUAA